UCUACAGGGUCUCGAAGAGUUGGACACGGCUUAACAACUGAGCACACACAAGAAAUAACAAUAAGGAAGGUUUUUAUGUAUAGCAGUGGAAUAGUCUCCAAGGUACACUCAGUUAAAAGUAAGGUGCAGGACAACUUGGAUGCUGUUUGAAUUAAAAUCGGGAAAGAUGUAUAUGUAUUUGCAUGAGUAUAAAUACAGAAAAUGUCUUGGACUUGUAACAAGAAACUGCCUAGGUAGAUGUGGUCUGGGAGACUGGAGAGAGAAGUGGAAAAGACUCUUCACUAUACCCUAUACAUUUUUUGAAUUUUGAAUCAUGUGAAUGUCUUAUCCCCCAAAUAGAUACAAUUAUUAAUAUGAGAAAGAUUUUGCAAUAGUUGAAGUCAAAGAUAAUCUAAUCUGAGGCAACAGGAAUGGAAAAGAGUCAGGUUUGUUCAUUAGAGAAAUAAAUGGUUGAAACAAAUUUUUUAAUGAGAAAUGCUUGAAAUUGAGAGGAAACACAGCCUCCACUGCACCCACUUCAGCACUCUCACAAAGCCUGUCCUAAGCCACAGCACAGUCAUAGCUUGUCUUAGGCCACUUAAGACGAAUGGAUGGGAGUCCCCUUGCUCUAGCUUUUAAAUCCUGGCUAGCUUCUCCCUUCCUUUUCAUAAAUAUUUUGUGUAACCAAGGGAAUUUAAUAGAUGAGAUUAUCUGGGAAAAGAUUGGUUUACCCCAUCCUUUCCUGUCCAUAUUUCUACGUCCUGAACUCUCCUAUUCGGUAUAUGCAGACCUGUGUGAUUUACAGCUUUAAAUGCCUCAGGAAACGGCAGAAGUUUGUUGCAUUCUUUCUCCAACCACAACCGACCACCCAGGGAGGGAGUGGGGAGAGGCCUACGACCAAGGGGAGGGUCCAAGCCUGAGGAUCAUUUGAGUAGAGCGUCUCCAAGCCAGGCUUUUCUUCUGCUCCUCCCCUUCACUGUGUUUCGGUCUCGGGUCCAUCCCUGGCUUCACUAGUGGCUGGAUCUGCUGGGGGCUGCCCUGGGGCGGAAGCCGGAGUCGUCCCCCCGCGGCCCAAGGCACGGAUUCCUUUGUCUCCCAGGCUUCCGCUCGACGGCGCGGGGGUUGCGGGGGCAGCCAUUUUUUGGGGUGCUGAUGGAUACCUACGGGGUCGGCUAUAUGGCUCUGGAGGAGGCCGGCCCCGUGGGGAGCAUGACUGUGGUAGACUCUCCUGGACAAGAGGUGCUGAACCAGCUUGAUGUCAAGGCCUCCUCAGAAACAACCAGUGUGGAGGCUUCCAUAGAGAUGCCAUUACCUACCCCUUUCCCUGGAUAUGAUGAUUCUCUUGAUGAGAGCAGGCUCCUUCCAGAGCAGGAAAGCCUCUCCAGACUGCAACAGGAAGAUCUUUCUUCAGAGAUGUCAAAGGUCCCAAAGCCUAGGGCCUCAAAGCCUGGCCCGAAGAGAGGUGGUAGGACACGGAAAGGCCCCAAAAGGCCCCAGCAGCCUAAUUCUCCAUCAGCCCCUCGGGUUCCUGGUCUCUUAGAUCAAUCCAACCCUCUGUCCACCCCCAUGCCUAAGAAACGAGGUCGAAAGUCCAAGGCAGAUCUGCUACUGCUGAAGUUGUCCAAAGGCCUAGAUCAGCCAGAAUCUCCACAUCCAAAGAUGCCCCCUGAGGACUUUGAGACCCCUCCUGGGGAACGACCCCGCCGAAGGGCUGCCCAAGUGGCACUUCUGUAUCUUCAGGAACUGGCGGAAGAGCUCUCAACAGCCCUGCCUACUCCAGUGUCCUGUCCUGAGGGCCCCCAGGUGAGCAGCCCUACCCAACCGAAGAUAAUCCAGCCGCAGGCAGCCUGUCUCCGUGGAGAAGGGGAUAACACCGCACGGGAUGAAGACUUUGUUCUCCAGGUUGAGGCUGAAGAAGCAGAAGAAAGCGAGGCCCCAAGUGAGAACUCUUCUGACCCUGAGCCUGCAGCACCCCGAAGCACUGCCCGAGGAUCUACUCAGAAGCAGAAGCCACAUGUCCGGGGAAUGGCUCACAAUGGCUUACCAAAUCACAUCAUGGCCCCUGUUUGGAAGUGCCUUCAUCUCACCAAGGAUAUCCGAGAUCAGAAGCAUUCAUACUGGGAGUUUGCGGAAUGGAUUCCUUUAGCCUGGAAGUGGCGCUUGUUAUCUGAACUUGAGGCAGCUCCCUACCUGCCCCAGGAGGAGAAGUCCCCGCUGUUUUCUGUACAACGUGAAGGACUUCCUGAAGAUGGCACCCUCUACAGAAUAAACAGAUUUAGCUCUAUCACAGCACACCCAGAGCGCUUGGAUGUGUCUUUCUUCACGGGGGGCCCACUCUGGGCUCUGGACUGGUGCCCGGUGCCAGAGGGGUCAGCAGCCUCGCAGUAUGUGGCUCUUUUCUCCAGCCCUGACAUGAAUGAGACACACUCACUGAGCCAGCUGUAUUCGGGCCCUGGGCUGCUCCAGCUCUGGGACCUUGGGACCUUGCAGCAAGAAAGCUGUCUUGGCAACAGAGCCCACUUUGUCUACGGGAUAGCUUGUGACCAUGGCUGCAUCUGGGACCUCAAGUUCUGCCCCAGUGGAGCAUGGGAACUUCCAGGCACCCCUCGGAAGGCUCCUCUCCUGCCCCGACUGGGUCUCCUGGCUCUUGCCUGCUCAGAUGGGAAGGUGCUGCUGUUCAGCCUUCCCCAUCCCGAGGCCCUGCUGGCUCAGCAGCCCCUAGAUGCAGUGAAGCCUGCCAUCUAUAAGGUUCAAUGUGUGGCAACCCUCCAGGUAGGGUCUAUGCAAGCUUCAGACCCCUCUGAGUGUGGUCAGUGCCUUAGCCUGGCUUGGAUGCCCACCCGGCCCCACCACCACCUGGCUGCUGGAUAUUACAAUGGCAUGGUAGUUUUAUGGAACCUCCCCACGAACUCGCCCCUGCAGCGGAUACGGCUCUCUGAUGGCUCCUUGAAGCUCUACCCCUUCCAGUGUUUCCUAGCCCAUGACCAGGCUGUGCGUACUCUUCAGUGGUGCAAAGCUAACAGUCAUUUCCUAGCCUCUGCAGGGAGUGACCGGAAAAUCAAAUUUUGGGACCUUCGACGACCUUAUGAACCAAUAAACUCUAUCAAGCGCUUCUUGAGUACAGAGCUGGCCUGGCUGCUCCCCUACAAUGGUGUCACCGUGGCUCAGGACAACUGCUAUGCCUCUUAUGGACUCUGUGGAAUUCACUACAUUGAUGCUGGUUACCUUGGUUUCAAGGCCUAUUUUACUGCUCCUCGAAAAGGCACUGUCUGGAGUCUUUCAGGAUCUGACUGGCUCGGGACAAUAGCCGCAGGAGAUAUAUCUGGAGAGCUCAUUGCAGCUAUAUUGCCUGAUAUGGCACUGAACCCAACAAAUGUCAAGCGACCUUUAGAUCGAAGAUUCCCUAUAUAUAAAGCAGAUCUGAUACCAUAUCAGGACAGUCCUGAAGGUCAAGACCACACUUCUGCUUCAUCUGGGGCCCCCAACCCUCCCAAGGCUCGAACUUACGCUGAAACGGUCAAUCAUCACUACUUGCUGUUUCAAGACACAGAUUUGCGUUCGUUCCACGGUCUGCCCCACAGAGAACCGAUGCUGCGCAUGCAGGAGGGAGAGGGGCAAACGCGGCUCUGCCUGGACCGGCUGCAGCUGGAAGCUAUUCAUAAGGUACGUUUCAGUCCAAACCUGGACUCCUAUGGAUGGCUGGUCUCUGGAGGGCAGUCGGGGCUGGUUCGGAUCCAUUUUGUCCGUGGACUCACCUGUCCACUGGGCCACCGUAUGCAGCUUGAAAGCCGAGCCCAUUUCAGUGCUAUGUUCCAGCUGGCCUCCCCCUCUCCAGGGCCUGGCUUUCCUCCAACCAGCCAUUGCCUCCUGCCCGGUCCCUAGUCAUGGUCCCCACAGGACCCUCGGAAUGAAGUCUGCCGAGAACAGUUGGCUCCGAGCACACAGCCAUAGGAACUGGGGCCUUCCUGGACAGUGAUGCUGCCAGGCCUGGAUCUUUAGACCUGCCUCCCCAGGACCCCUUAGAUCCCUCUCCUUCCACAGACUUCUCCUGUCAUCAUGGCCCCCCGCGGGCAGGGGGGUUCUCCCUCCACAAACUCUCAAGUCUCAGCAUAAAAUUAUAUGACUCACAAGAAACACUCAGCCUGACCUAGGCUUGGGAGUCAAAUUGCUCAUAUUGAGCAUAUUGUGAAGUGGGUAAAGCUAAGUAAAGGUACUGGGUGUUUUUGAGACCACAUGUGAGUGGGUGUUUGGAGAACUGGAAAGGGUAUCUGCAUGAAGGCUCCUGUCUGACUAUACUCUGGAUCCAAUAUUACUGCCUUCCUAACUUCCUCUUUAGAGUACCCAACACACAGGCUCACGAGCAGGUGAUGGUAACUCAUUGGACUGAAGCUGCUUAUAGGACUUCCUUAACUAAGGAACACACCACAGACACCCUGCCAACAGAAGAGUGGCUCAGAUCUUACUUGCUCCUGCUUAUGAAAUAUUCCCAAUCACUGGUCAUCUGACCCUUCUUGAGCACUCCUAGACAGUCAUGUUUUUAAAAUCUUCCUUUAUAUCAAGUCAAAGAGUAUACCUCUAUACAUUUUACCAUGGGUGUUAGGAAAUCUAGUCACUCUUCCCUGUGAUUGCUCUUUUAAGUAUUUAAAAAUAGCUAUCAUGUGUUUCCCAAGUCUUUUCUUCUCUAGAUUAAAUAUCAUCAAUUACUUUAA